CCUCUCGAAACAUUAAAAACGAUGGACUGCAUCUGAUUGAGUCGCUGACGAUCCCCGGGGGGCCGAUAGAGCGCAAUCAUCCAAAAAGAUAGAUAAUAGCUGAGACAUGAUAAAAGACUCAGUGAAAAACAUGGAAGAGGGGGGACGGCAGCACGAAAGACAAGUGGGUGCCGGUUAAAAGGGAGACACACGGGCUUUCAUGAGGAUCCGCGAUCGACGGACAUCAGUCGGACUCGAAGCACGAGUGGACGAUUGCCAUCAGAGAAAACAAAGAAUUAUCAAAUCUCGUCGUGAUGAUUUCGUGACGAAUUCUGUGUGUUUAUCGGGGUGAUUCUCCCUCGUGAACUGGAUUACGGUGGUGUUACGGAAAUUUAAACUCGGAGAAGGAGGGAUUUCACUGUAAUAACGCGGAAACAUGUCGAAGAAGCAAUGGAUGGUACUGCUGAUGCUGUUCCUGACCUACCUUCUUCUUGGUGCCUCGAUAUUUUAUCACAUCGAGAGCAGAUUGGAGGUUGAGAAGGUCCAGGCGGCCAGACAGGAACGUGUGGAAAUUAAUGCUCUCCUUCAUGCUCACUAUAUGCCAGAAUCCACAGAAGACCAACACGAGAUUCUCGAGAAGCUCACAGUCUACUGCGGCAAAUCGGUCUACAAUUAUAGUGAGAACGAGGAGGACCCAUUGAAAUGGGACUUCUACAACAGCUUCUACUUCGCCUACACUGUCGUCAGCACCAUCGGAUAUGGAAAUCUAGCUCCAACGAAUUCCCUCAGCAGAAUCCUCAUGAUCUUCUACGGUCUCAUUGGCAUCCCAAUGAACGGUAUUCUCCUUGCGCAACUCGGCGAGUUUUUCUCCAUAGUAUUCAUCCGAGCCCACCAAAAAUACAAAUCCUACAAGCAGCACCAUCAGGACGAGUGCAAGAAAAAAUUGACUCCCCUGGAGAAACGAAAAGCUGGUCUAGCUGUGCAGAUUCUCAUGUACCUGGCACCUGGUUUCGUUAUGUUCAUAUUUUUCCCCGCAUUCCUAUUCUCUUAUUACGAAGGAUGGUCGUACGACGAGGCUGUCUAUUACGCAUUCGUCACACUGACUACCAUCGGAUUCGGGGAUUACGUUGCUGGUCAAGACAACACAAAAGGCAGCGGUGUUUUGUUCAUCAUGUACAAAUCCUUCCUCAUUGCCUGGAUAUCCUUCGGCCUCGGCUACGUCGUCAUGAUAAUGGCCUUCAUAACAAGAGGAAUGAGAAGCAAGAGGAUAGUCCGUCUCGAGCAUAAAUUAGCCAUGAAUUUGAAACAAACUCAGAGUAAAAUAUGGAGUGAGUUCAACAAGGAGGUCGGCUACCUCAGGCGUGUGUUCAACGAGCUGCAGUUGUCCAAAGUCAAGAGAGUUUACGUGGAUGAGUAUGACUAUGAGAUGCCACCGGCUAAGUUGAUGAGGAGUAAUAGUUUUCCGGAUCUCCGGGAGCUUGUUAUUGGGGGGUUGGCUCCACCAACUCCACCGCAUCCGAGACGAAGGGCUAAUAGCGAAGUUGUGCCAUUGGAGCCCGUAGUCCCCCGAGUAGUCUCGGAAACGGAUCUCCAGCGAAUCGACAAGACUGCGACAUUCGCGACGCACGCGAUGGUGCAACCAGCGGAGCUCCUGGCGCGCCUGGUGAACAUCCUCGGUUACAUCCCCCCGCCCCCGGACGACGACGAGCAGAGCCCCGACUGCGACGCCCGCUCCGGCGUCGAGUGUUUCAGCGACAAAGAGAUCCUCUCCAACGAGUGUAAAUUCGGUAUCGAGAGAUCCCCCUGCGGCAAGCCCCGUUCCCGAGCGGUGAGUGAGGUGCGCCUGGACCCCAAGUUCGACCCGAGCGCCAGCAGAAAUCAGGAGUGGACGUGGUCGGGUCCGGCAGCCUCCAGGAAGAUCCAGGAGCUCAUCAGGGCUCGUCGAAACGACGCAAAAACGAAGGAAAAAGAGAGAGAAAAAGAAAAAGAGUGCAAAUCCAUCUUCCCAGCGCUUCCGAAAUCCGUUCCUCUCCCCAAAUGGAUAAAACAACUGUCGACUAAGAAAGACCCGAGACCGAGCAACUCAGCCUCAGCCGGGGAACUCGACACAGACGACGAGAACUACCUCUCCAACAUGAACCCCCUGCCCUCGUCCUCCAACUACUUCACUCACACGGGGGCGAACCUGCCCUCGUCCCUGGGAGGCAGCAACCUCCUGGAGGAGACCUCCCUAGCGGACUUCCUCCGGGCCUUAACGGCUCUCCACACGAGGGUCGGAGCGGUCCCGGAGGACUACAUCAAAAAGCCCCAGAGAAAAAUGGGAACAGCGUCCCUGACCCCGCCGAAACUCCCCAGCUUGCUGACCCUGUUCUCACCCCCUGGCUCCCUCCCUCAGAGCAAUCAGACGACUGUCACCUCGGACCCUGCUGGGAGGCGGCUCUCGUUGAGGCCUGACACCUCCGGCAACUCGACACCAAGCUACAACCGGCGCAGCAGUGCAGCCCCCGGGGUCAAAGGUAGAACAAGAAGAUUCUCUCUCCGUCCGGUGGCGACGCCCCUGGGGCCGACGCCGCAGGCGUCUCCCUACCUGGGGCACCCGAAGCCCUUCCCAAGUCCUCCACCCGCAUACAGCGCAGACCCCCCCUUCGAGAGUCCCAAGGAGCCCCUGGUGCAGAUGGAGGGCGCGCCAGGGUCCUCGUCCCCAGUGGCGUCCUCAGGGCAUCGCAGGUUUUCCCUGAGACCAGCGCAGUUGGACACCCCCCCAGGUCCGGCGACGCCCCAGGCCUCCAGGGCGAUGCCCAGGUGGCGAGCUGGGAUGCUGCAGAGACAAAUCAACCAGUUGCACCUCCAGAAGAGGGUCCGAGCGUUCAGCCUGAGCGACGUGAACACCGAAGGGAUGAAAAGUGGUGAGAAGAGCAUUGCGAUCAGUCCCCUGGCCCUGGAGCCCUCUGUCAAGACGAAUCCGGGAAAGGGGUCGACCCAGAAGACGGUCACCAUCGUGUCCCCAAGCAGGGAAGGCAGGGGGAAGACGAGCGACGUCAAGCAGGGGAGACCGGGGUUCCUGAGGGCGAUCUCCGCCUCGAGUAAUCCCUUCACUUCAGGAGUAACGAAUCCCUUUUUCGAUGGAGACGAGAGGGACAAAAAGAGAGGGGAUUUGGGGGCUGAAGAGGAGUCGAAUGACCAGAGGACAGUGUUCGAGGCCCUGAGGGACGUCAAGACCAUCGGGACUGCCCCUGCAGAGGCCGAGGCUCGAGCUUCCAGCGUAGAACUAGUGGAGACGGUUUCCAGACGUGAGGACGAACUCGGGGUGCAUCAGGAUGAGGCGCAUCCUGAGGAGAUUGGAGGUGAAAAUGUGGGGGCGACUGAGAGAGAUGAUCGGACUGAUAAAACGAGAAAAAUCUCGGUUGUGUCGAUCGGAUCCUGGGGGGAGGCGAAGAGGGGGGGCAGGAAGGUGUCGACUGUGUCUGAACACAGCACUGGGGAGUCCUCGUCGAGCAGCAGGAAAACUUCCUCUGGGAGGAGUCCUGGGGAUAAGCCGAGGGUUUCCAUUGACUCUUACAAACCACUUCUGGAAGUCAAGAUUGAUAAGCCGAGUGAGAAUGUCUUCGAGAGGUAUCAGAGGGCUUCCAUGCAGAGCUCCUCGGAUGGGGAUUCACUGCAGGAAGUUAAGGUUGUGGGGGCGAAGGAGAGUAAGGUGUCUUUGGAGAGGGAUAAGGGUCCUGCAGAGUCCACGAGUUAAUUUAGGGCAGAGAAAUGAAAAUUCAGUGGCGAAUUGGCGAAAUUUUUCAAGAUGAGUUUUUGGGAGUUGAGUCUUCAGUUUCAGUGGUUUUUCGUCGAUUUAUACGUAAUUUUUAAAGGAUACUGUGAUAGUACCUGUAAUUUUCGAGUAUUUUAGGGAUUACGUGCACAAAAAAAUUUAUAGAAAAAUCGCACUCGCUGGAAAUUCUAUGGAAUUUCUGUUGGAAAUUCUAUCAGGUUUUCGACAAUCUAUUGAGAAAUUCCACUGCUCUUCUGUGUUUUUUCAAUAGAUAAGUAUUUUAUAAAAAAAAACUAAUAGAAUUUGAUAUUUCUUUACAAUUUAUUCGGAAUUUGGAAAAAUCUGGCGUAGAAAUUUCUAUGCAUAAUAUC